CGGCGCUUAACCUUCCGUCUCCUUCCGAACGUUUGGAUUUGGACGGACGAUCGAGCGCAGCUGAGAGCUGAGAGAGAGGGACCCAGUCACCCAGAGCCCCCAGAGGAGAGGGACGAAUUCCGCGGCCGCGCGCGGCGCAGAGCGCAGACGGCGCAAUCAGUCAGUCAGUUGCUGACGGUCCAGGAUCUGCACAGUCCCGAGCCGAUCAUUCGCGGGUGUAACACGGUCGAUCCGGAACCCAAGUCCGAGCGCGAGGACGCGCGUCUCGCAAAAUGGCAGAACGAAGUCGCGCGGGUUGUCUCGCACUCCUCUACCUGUCCUGCCUGGUCGCGCAGGCGGUGCGGGCGAACCCGGUGAACAUCCCCCUGAACCGCGUACCUUCGCGGCUGCUGGAGAAGGCGUGGAAGGCCUUGAAUGAGCACUCACCGACGCAUCACCUGUACGCGCAGGGCAAUCUAAUAAACGCGCAGGAACUGGAAGAGCCACCGUACAAAGUGUACAAAUUCACGUAUGACUUAAGUCCAAUAUGUGGAACUGAAUCCUGUCCUAGAGAGGCUUGUAUUAUUGACGUGAAGCAAGAUGAGCAUGGCAACAUAGAGGCACUGAACGAUUCUAUUGGGUGCAUGUAUUUUUAUCCAGCCGACGCGCAGAAUGACAUGUCACAAGAGCAGCAAAGUUAUCAGGAGAUGGAGGAGUCUCAGGUCACUCAGGAGAGCCUGUCCGAACAGGUGAACAGCAAUCGGAGUGUAGAAUUAGAUCACGAAAUUCAGGAGACCGGCGAUGAGAACGUCAGACCGUUUAUCGCUAUGCGCGCCUCCGGGAAUAAUUACUGUCCGGGCUGUCCGUACGAGCUGAAUCCGAAUCUACCGGGCCUCCUCGCCUUCGGCGAGCAAGCGUUGAGAUCGAUGGACGAGCAGACUACAAGUGAUUACAAGCACAAGUUGAUGAGCAUUGUGAGAGUCACCCGCUCGGUACCGGUCUCGUCCAACGUGAUAGAGUACCAACUGCUGCUGCUGAUAGGCGAAUCUGAAUGCCUGAAGAACGCUCUGGAGCAGGAGCAGGAAUGCCCGUUGCGAACGACCGUUCCGACCAGGUUGUGCUUGGUCACGUUUGAGCAACGACCAUGGCAACAAGCAUCUCUCAGGAUCACCAAGAACAACUGUACGGAUCCUGAAAACACGAGCAACGUCAGCGGUCAACCACAGAGAGCGAAUUUGGAAAGUGAAUCGUUGGUGACGGUCAAAUACGAUGAGGGACAAUCGUCUCGCACCGAGAUAACUGACGUCUAUGAGAGCUUGAAGGAAAUGCUGGACAAUUACACCCACGCGUCUUCGACGCCUUUGAAGGAGCCUGAGGAAGCCGAGGUAACAGAGUCCGCUGUCAUAAAGGUGGUGUUGAACAAGAGUCAGGACGACGAGAAGAUCUUAGGCUUUACGGACAAGGCAAAAGAGUUCAAAGAGUUCUUGGAGGAUUUUGAUCUGCCUGUCAAAAUGGAAGAUGCUACACCUAAAGUAAGUGAAACUAUGAAAGAAGUGAAAGAAGAGAAAUUUCAACGAAAAAAGGUUAUUGUAGAGGAUAAGCUCGAAAGAGCGAAUGAUAACAUUAAUAACAAGAUUAAAGAAAAUAUUAAUAACAGAAGAAAACGAUCGAUGCGCUUGAUUGGCGCUCCCGUCGCAACGCCCGUAAACGAUUCUGAGAUUCAACUCUUUGCUGGAAAAGCGUUGCAAAAGAUUUCUGCGGAAUCGAACGAUUCGAACGAACCGCUCAUAAUAGAAAUCACUGAAGCGACCGUCCAAGUUGUCGCCGGUAAAAUUUACAGGAUCAAAGCUAAGCUAGGCACCAGUGAUUGUCCAAAGGGUACCAAGGACAACUGCAAGUUGCAGGCAGGAAGUAAAGUGGAGGAAUGUCUGAUAAAGAUAUGGUCACGACCGUGGCUCGAUCAGGGUUUGCCCGAAAUAACGGUGCAGUGUCCUCCGUUGGAGAGCAACCGAAAGAAACGAUCUCUGCGCGGCGUUGAUUACAAUAGAAAGAUGCUGCAGAUCGCCGAGGACGUAAGAACCGAGAGGCUGUUUGACGAUUUCGUAGUGACCUAUAAUCGGACGUACUCCUCGCCAGAGGAGAGAGAUCUACGACUUCACAUAUUUCGCGAGAAUCUCAGGAUCAUAGAGCUGCUGCGGAAAACCGAACAGGGAACUGGCCAAUACGGCGUGAACAUGUUCGCUGACUUAUCGCGCGAGGAAUUCCGUACACGUUAUCUCGGCCUGCGACUGGACUUGCGAUCGGAGAACGAGAUUCCUCUGCGUGAGGCCGAGAUCCCGGAUAUCGAUCUACCGCCCACUUUCGAUUGGCGAAAAAAGGGCGUUGUAACGCCGGUAAAGGAUCAAGGCGGAUGCGGCUCGUGCUGGGCCUUCUCAGUGACGGGCAACGUCGAGGGUCAAUUUGCAAUCAAGCACGGUGAACUGCUGUCUUUGUCCGAACAGGAGCUGGUGGACUGCGACGAUCUCGACGACGGUUGUGAAGGCGGUUUGCCGGACAAUGCAUACAGAGCCAUUGAGAAGUUAGGUGGCCUCGAGCUGGAGUCGGAUUAUCCAUACGAGGCGGAGGAUGAGAAGUGCCACUUCAAGGAGAAUUUGGCCAAGGUACAGCUGGCCUCCGCUCUCAACAUCACAUCGGACGAGACGAAAAUGGCGCAAUGGCUGGUGCAAAAUGGUCCAAUCUCCAUCGGCAUUAACGCUAAUGCCAUGCAGUUUUAUAUUGGUGGCGUCUCGCAUCCUUUCAAAUUUCUGUGUAAUCCCAAAAAUCUGGAUCAUGGCGUGCUAAUUGUCGGAUACGGCACAAGCAGCUAUCCACUUUUCCACAAAAAGCUACCAUAUUGGAUCAUAAAGAACAGUUGGGGAAAAUCCUGGGGUGAGCAAGGAUAUUAUAGAGUCUACCGCGGGGAUGGCACUUGCGGUCUUAAUGCGAUGGCGUCAAGCGCCGUGGUUGUUUAAUACUGAUUACAUAAAUAAGUUUUUCAUGACAAUUAACUUAUAAUCGUUCCAAAGUUAUAUAUUAUAUAUACGUAUAGAUAUCGUUUUUUACUAAUUAAUGUCGAUUUUAAAACUGAAUCCAUUCGCUUGCCAAAUAUUUGACGAACGUAACUUGACCUCAUUGUCAAUCUACAUCAUGUAUUAUAGUAUCUACUCGAUAUAAUAUUCGGCUUCAUAGUGCAAAUAUCUGGCAAGCUUAUGAAUCUGGAGCCAGUUAAGUAUGUGUUGUGCAAUUUAAACAAAGUUUAAUAUUCUCUGCAUAUUUAUACUGGGAUAAACAUAAUAUAAUCAUUUAUGACAAUCUUAUUCGUUUGUUAAAAAAUUCAAAACUAAAUUAUAUUGCAAUUUAUUAAUCUUUUGCAAAUCUCUUUAUAAAAUAAUAGAUAUGAUAUAUAAAUAUUUAAAGUAUGUUAAAAACAUGCAAUAAUGUUAAAAUUACAGCAAAGAUGUUAAAUGUUUUAUUAACUUUACCAAAUUUUAAUUACGUGUACAAAAAGUAAAAAAUGAAAGUGUAACCUUUCCCAUCUUCAAGAUACUUUUAUAUUUUACAGUUUUUACGUUUGUUAUAGAAAUUGACUUUUUUUUAAGUUUUAACUUUUUGACUUUAACUUGCGUAGGUCCUGAAAAGUAGUGCAAUAUAUGCAAUUUAUUAACUUAAACAGAAAAGAAUUAUUUAUAAGAAAAACAAGGAAAUAAGAGUAGAAAUUCGAUUUUUAUUGAACGCAAUAAAGAUAACCAUGUGAAACUAUGUCAAUUUAUAUCUGAAAUCUUUAACAUAAGUAAAUAUAUUCGAAAUCUAAA